AUGUUCACUCGGUUCCUACGAAAGUCCCCAAACUUCAGAACUUUUGCCCGAGCCAUGUCCACAGAAGCCAGCCAAGCUGCCGCUGUUGCCGAGGUGAGUGUGCCUUCUGUUUCAAACUCUCAAAAUGCCCCCAAGCAGAGCAAAAAAUCAAAAAAACAAGAUGCCCAGUUCCUCUUGAAGACACCCAAAGGAACGAAAGAUUGGGCCGAAAAAGAUAUGGUUUUGAGAGAGGAAAUCUUCGGCACCUUGAGCAAAAUCUUCAAGAAACACGGUGGUGUCACCAUUGACACACCAGUAUUUGAACUCAGAGAGAUCCUCACGGGUAAGUACGGUGAAGAUUCGAAGUUGAUCUACAACUUGGAAGAUCAGGGGGGAGAGUUGACGUCUUUAAGAUACGACUUGACUGUUCCGUUUGCAAGAUUUGUCGCUUGCAACAGCAUCAGUGCUAUCAAGCGGUACCACAUUGCCAAAGUGUACAGAAGGGACCAGCCGGCCAUGACGAAGGGCAGAAUGAGAGAGUUUUACCAGUGUGACUUUGACGUUGCAGGUAACUACGACAUAAUGGUACCAGACUCGGAAAUGUUGGCGAUUUUGUGUGAGGGGUUGACGUCGUUGGGCAUUAAUGACUUCAAAGUGAAGAUGAACCACAGGAAGAUCUUGGAUGGUAUUUUUCAGGCGUGUGGUGUGAAAGAUGAGGAUGUGAGAAAGAUCUCGUCUGCUGUAGACAAAUUAGACAAGCUGCCCUGGGAAGCUGUCAAGAAGGAAAUGACGAUUGAAAAGGGCCAACCGGAAGAAGUUGCAGACAAAAUUGGUGAAUUUGUCAAAGAGAGUGGCUCUAUCCGUGAAACAUUGGCAUUCUUGCAGAAGUCAGAGCUUUUGAAGUCUAACGAAAGCGCACAAAAGGGUAUUGAGGAAAUGACGAUCUUGGCUGACUACGCUGAGGCCUUUGGCAUCUCCCACUUCUUGUCGUUUGACUUGUCGCUUGCUCGAGGCUUGGACUACUACACUGGUUUGAUAUACGAGGCUGUCACUGCUGCGUCUGCUCCCCCAAAGAACGCAGAAGAGUUGAAGGCUAAGGCUAAGAAGAACGAGAACGCCGAGGAAGACGCUUCUGAAUAUGUCGGUGUGGGAUCUAUCGCUGCUGGUGGUCGUUACGACAACUUGGUGGGCAUGUUCUCGAACGGCAAGUCCAUUCCAUGUGUCGGUAUCUCGUUCGGUGUAGAGAGAAUAUUUUCAAUCAUCAAGGCUAGAGCCUCGAAAGAAUGGGAGUCUCUUUCCGCUUCCCAAACUGACGUUUAUGUUAUGGCAUUUGGCGGUGGACCUGACUGGACAGGUUUCUUACCGCAAAGAAUGGCUGUUGCUAACGAGUUGUGGCAGUCUGGCAUCAGCGCUGAAUACUUGUACAAGGCCAAGGCAAACCCUAGAAAGCAGUUCGAUGCUGCUCAAAAGACUGGUGCUAAAUUAGCCGUCAUUUUGGGCAAAGAAGAGUACCCAGAGGGCAAGUUGAGAGUGAAGGUGUUGGGCCAGGGUGAUGAUAGCAACGAAGGUGAACUUGUUGAUGCCAAGGAUAUUGUCUGCAUUGUUCAGGAGAAAUUGGCGUCGUACAAUGGCGGUGAGGCAGAUGUGUUGACCCGCUUGAUGAAGAACAUGUAA